CAGCGGGGUGGCUUGUGUUUGAAAAUCUAGGCGCUGAGAGCGGCAGCGGAGGAGCUGGAGCCGGUUAGAAGAAAUGAUUCGGAUUAAAUAGUAAAUUAAAGCGGAUCGCGGGGGGAAUUGAGCGCUGAGAGGUAAAUUCCAGGUGUUUGAGUAAGCAGGCCUAGCUGCCGUCAGACAGAAUCAUGUCGGAAGGACAGGUGUGCAGCCAUGUGAAGGUGGUGGUUCGUGUCCGUCCAUUGAACUCCAAAGAAGUUGAUGGAAACCUCAGUAAAGUGGUCCAAGUUGUGGACAGCCACAUGCUUGUGUUUGACCCAAAAGUGGAGGAAGUGACAUUUUUCCGCGGGCAGAAAGUGGGCAACAGGGACGUGAGGAAAAGAGCUAAUAAGGACCUGAAGUUUGUCUUUGACCACGUGUUUGGGGAGGAUUCUUCUCAGGUGGAAGUGUUUGAAAACACUACUAAAGGAGUGGUUGAUGGAGUCCUAAAUGGCUACAACUGCACAGUUUUUGCAUAUGGAGCUACUGGAGCGGGGAAAACUCACACAAUGCUGGGCAGCAGUGAUAACCCAGGGGUUAUGUACCUCACCAUGAAGGAGCUCUUCAGCCGAAUGGAUCAGAUUAAGGAGGAGAAAGUCUUUGAGGUGGCUUUUUCCUAUCUAGAGGUUUAUAACGAGCAGAUUCGGGACCUCCUGGCCAACUCUGGUCCACUGGCAGUUCGGGAAGACGGUGCAAAAGGAGUGGUGGUCCAAGGCCUCACACUUCACCAGCCCAAAUCUGCAGAGCACAUUCUUGAAGCUCUGGAUUUUGGCAACCGAAACAGAACGCAGCACCCCACUGACAUGAACGCCACGUCCUCCCGCUCCCAUGCCGUAUUCCAGAUCUAUCUGAGACAGCAGGAUAAGACAGCCAGUCUGAAUCCGAACGUGCGGGUGGCUAAGAUGAGCCUGAUUGACCUAGCGGGUUCAGAGAGGGCCAGCGCCACCAACGCUAAGGGGGCUCGUCUCCGAGAAGGAGCCAACAUCAACCGCUCUCUCCUCGCUCUGGGCAACGUCAUCAACACACUCGCUGAUCCUAAGAGUAAGAAGACGCACAUCCCGUAUAGAGACAGCAAGCUGACGCGGCUGCUGAAAGACUCUCUGGGUGGAAACUGCAGGACGGUGAUGAUCGCUAACGUUAGCCCAUCCUCCCUCUCCUACGAGGACACACACAACACGCUGAAGUAUGCCAACCGGGCCAAAGAGAUCAAAUCCACGCUCAAGAGUAACGUGGUGAGUCUGGACAGCCAUAUCGGCCAGUAUGCUGUCAUAUGUGAGAAGCAGAAGGCUGAGAUUAUCCUGCUGAAACAGAAACUGAAAGAGUAUGAGGAGCGGAAGGUGGAGCCUCCUGCCCUUAAUCCAAUCUCCAGCCAACGGAGAGCCGAAUUUGAGAAGAUGUCCAGCUCGUUGCACAGUGUGUUCACGGCGCGGCAGCUGGUGCGUCAGGAGCAGCUGGACAUCGAGAAGCAGCUGAAGGAGAACCAACUAAGGCUCAGUCACCGACAGGAGUGGCACCAGCAGGGCCUGCUGUUCUUCCCCGAAAACAAAGCCGAGAAGGCCACCUGUAAGUAUGAGCGUAAGCUGGCGUCUCUUCAGUCCCAGCAGCAGCACCUGCAGCAGCGUUUGGAGAACGCAUCAAAGCGCUUCCAGGAGAACGAGGGAUGGCUGCAUCGUGUUGAAAAUGAGAUGAAACUGCUUGGUCGUGAUGGACACACUCCAGAGGAGCUUAAGAAGGAGUUACGGUGCAGCAGGCUGCAGCUACAAGUGAGUGACCUGGAGCAGCAGAUCCAGCACAUGAGCUACCUCAUCAGCCUGCAGGACCAGGAGAACAAACACGCACAGAAACUGCUUCACGCCCUGCUUCCUGCCUACCACCGGCAGUACCUGGCGCUGAAGGCUGCAGGGGUUUCUACAGCACUGGAUGAAGCGGUACAGGAGGAGCUUGUGCAUCUGGUGCAGAGAGAGCGAGGUGUGGUCUGGGCCGAUCAGGAAAACACAGAAGUGAAGGAAGAACCAGACAGGUGUACCAAAAACAUCUGUCUCCAACCCAUCCUGUCUUUCUCUCACCUCAUCACUCACCAGAGCACACCAUGCAGUGCAGAAAAACACACACGCAGAGUCUCCCAACGGCUCAAAUGUUCACACUCUCUGAAAGUUUCCAACCCUGGAGAAGAUCAGCUAACUAAAGCUGAGCCUCUCGUCAAAAAAACUAUCAGAAGAAAGCUUGCCAUUUCCCCCCCGAAGCCCAGCUCAGACAGGCCGGGCCCGGCGCUCUCCCACUGCCCCCCAGCUCUGCAGGAGGUGCUGCGGCAGGAGGGCAUGUUCCCCCUGCAGUACACCCCCGAAACAGACGCCUCCAAAACCUGCAGCUCCUUCGACCCCAACUCCACCUUCGAGGUAGGCCGGGACGAUCCGGAGCAGAACCAGGAGCAGACCCCGGCCAACGCCACCGUAAUCCUGUCCCCUGGAUCACCUGAACCGGCUGGAGCUUCAGGUCUGAGCCAGCUCCAGGUGCUGCGCGCCAACAACAGCAACGAGGUGCCCAAAAGGUUUGAGAUUCCGUCUCUUCUCGACCUGCGUAAAUCCAAGCCGUCGUACAUGGCGAUGACGUCAGCAGCACAAGGCAAACGCAAGCUGAACUGCUUUGGAAAGGAGACCAGCGUGGACAGCGUUCCCACUGCUGCAGCGCCCAAGAGAGUAAAGCGGGAUUCGUCCGACACCAUCAAACCACUCCGCGUCCGGCGCUUCGGAGGGUCCUCUGAGAACGAGCCGAGCAGGAGGGUGGUGCGCAGCAUCUCUGAGGGAAACCUCCACAUGCUCGGCCCUCGGAAGCCCAAAACGGCCCUGCUCGGACCCGCCGCCCUCUUCAGAAAAGUCACAAAGAGGAUGUGAGAUCUCUCCAGCACAUCCACUUAAACACACACAAAAACACACACAUCUACAGCCUCCUGCACUGAUCUCUCUCCCACACACACACACACACAGACAUUUAUCUCCCAUACUGAACUCUGUGAGGAUGACACACAGUAGGAGAGACCCUGUACGCGUGUAAAUACCAGGACUAUAAACUUGACUGUUUUGUAGAAGUGAGUCAUGAGAAAAGUGUAAAGCCUUGUCUUAAUUCUGUUGAAUAAUUUUGUACAAAUAAUGUUUUUUUUGUUCUAACACACAGUGGGAAUUAAAGUUUUAAUGAUUUUAUGCUUUGUUACUGUUACUGAUGCUCUCUUUUGUUCUGAUUGUAAAGAAGCUCAUGGAAACCUAGUGUUUUAAUUUUGAAAUAUAAAUAUCAUUUUAGCUGUG